AUGGAUACCCUGCACAACCUUAAGGACGCCUUAACUAAUACGAAGAGCGAGAGAACCGAUGUUUCCAUCACGAGGGCUCCGGAUACUCCGCUGGAGAUCAUGGCGGACUUGCUGCAAAAGUCCCUCUCCGCAAAGUCGCCCGAGGAGAAGGAGAGCUAUGUGAAGAAGGCCCUCGAGAUUUCUCAAGGAUUGGACGAUUACAUGACAGUCGCUACCACUACUCCCUCUGGGAACGUGCACACGAUGGUCGACGCAACGCUCCGGAACGACUGGAAUGCGGCACACGCGAACGGCGAAACCAAAUUCAAAUACACCAAUAACUUCUGUGCUGGUACCUUUGAAGCGCAAUUCAUCGCUACGCUUUGCAAGCUCACCGGUGCAAAGCGUGUCUUGGAAAUCGGCAUGUUCACCGGUACCACGGCAUUGGCAUGCGCGGAAUCGAUACCGGAUGAUGGAAAGGUGUACACUUGCGACAUUGAGCCAUAUAUGAAGACCUUCUCCAAACCGUUCUUCGAAAAGGCGGGUCAGGAUAAAAAGAUUGAGGUUUGCAUUGCUCCCGCUCAAGACACCCUCUCAGAAUUGGCCAAGAAGGGAGAGUGCUUCGACUUGAUUUUCGUGGACGCGGACAAGACCGGUUACCUUGCCUACUUUCAGAAGAUUAUGGACCUCGGAUUGUUAGCAUAUGGAGGAGCUUUGGUCGUUGACAACACCUUGUUCAAGGGUGGUGUUUACACUGAUUCCGCGCUCGCUGAGGUUCCCGAAGAGAAGAAGGCUGAUGUGCGGGAAAUGACCGACGCACUUAUCACUUUCAAUAAGACUGUCCGUGAUGAUCCUCGCGUAGACGUCAUUGUUCUCCCUAUCCGCGACGGUGUCUCCAUCAUUACUCACAAGCGGCCCAGUCAGGGUGACGUGAUCAUGCGUGGCGCCAAGCAAAACUCAAUCCUACAGAAGUUCAAAUUGGUUGGUAAGGUUGCUUUGGUGACUGGCGGUGGACAAGGGCUUGGUCGUGCUUACUGUCAUGCGCUCGCCGAAGCCGGUGCAGCGGUCGCUGUGGUUGACCUCGCCUUCGACAAAGCUGAGGAAGUUGCAAAGGAGCUCAAGGUCAAGGGCUUGAGAGCUAUCGCUGUUCAGGCGGACGUUACAUCCAAGGCGGAUACCGAAAAGAUGGUCGACGACACCGUCACCGCCUUCGGAAAGCUCGACAUUGCGGUUAACAACGCCGGGAUCAACUUCAACUCCCCGGCAGAAGAAACUCCAGAGCGCGAAUGGGACUUGACAUUCAACGUUAACUGCAAGGGUGUCUUCCUGUCUUGUCAAGCCGAAGCCAGGCACAUGCUGACCCGCCCAGGCGAGUCAUGCAGCAUUAUCAACAUUGCUUCGAUGGCUUCCCUUCUCGUACCCCACCCCCAAAAGCAGGCCGCAUACAAUUGCUCUAAGGCGGCGGUGGUCAAAUUGACCCAGUCUCUUGCGGUGGAAUGGGCUCCUCGUGGAAUUCGCGUGAACGCCCUCUCGCCCGGCAUCGUCCGUACAGAUUUAAUUGAGAAGAGCAAAGACUUGCAACCGCUUGUGCAGACAUGGCUUGGACAGAUUCCUAUGGGAAGGUUGGCUGAGGUGGAGGAUCUCAUGGGUCCUAUCAUUUACUUGGCGAGCGAUGCCAGUGCGUACGCCACUGGACACAAUCACGUUGUUGAGGGUGGGCAGAGUUUGUUGUAG